ACUGACCUUCGGUUGUACCCGGUACCGGCUCCGUGCUGCCACCUCCUCCUCCCGCCAUGGCGCCCAGGAAGUUCUUCGUGGGGGGCAACUGGAAGAUGAACGGCGACAAGAAGAGCCUGGGCGAGCUGAUCCACACGCUGAACGGCGCCAAGCUCUCGGCCGACACCGAGGUGGUUUGUGGAGCCCCUUCAAUCUACCUUGACUUUGCCCGUCAGAAGCUUGAUGCAAAGAUUGGAGUUGCAGCACAGAACUGUUACAAGGUGCCAAAGGGUGCUUUCACAGGAGAGAUUAGCCCAGCAAUGAUCAAAGAUAUUGGAGCUGCAUGGGUGAUUCUGGGCCACUCAGAGCGAAGGCAUGUUUUUGGAGAGUCCGAUGAGUUGAUUGGGCAGAAGGUGGCUCAUGCUCUAGCUGAAGGCCUUGGUGUCAUUGCCUGCAUUGGAGAGAAGCUGGAUGAGAGAGAAGCUGGCAUAACAGAGAAAGUGGUUUUUGAACAGACCAAGGCUAUUGCUGAUAACGUGAAGGACUGGAGUAAAGUGGUCCUUGCCUACGAGCCGGUUUGGGCUAUUGGAACUGGGAAAACUGCAACCCCCCAACAGGCUCAGGAAGUUCAUGAGAAGCUGAGGGGAUGGCUCAAAAGCCAUGUGUCUGAUGCUGUUGCUCAAUCAACUAGGAUCAUCUAUGGAGGGUCAGUCACUGGCAGCAACUGCAAGGAGCUGGCCUCUCAGCAUGACGUGGAUGGCUUCCUUGUUGGCGGAGCUUCUCUCAAGCCAGAGUUUGUGGAUAUUAUCAACGCAAAACACUGAAGCGCUGCCAAUGAGGAGCAGUCCCUUAACGGUUAAAAGCAAGAAACAGAAGCAAGAAGGGACCUUUCAUUGCACAUGUCUAAGUACAGAGGCCUCUUCUGAGGCUUUCCCCCCCCAACCACGGUCAUUGUUCUAGCUGUGCUGCUAACCCCCACCACCUUGUUGGAGUCCUGUUAGUGUGAGCCUGUCUCAGCAGUCUCUGAAUUGGCAAAAGUCUUGGUUUUCUGUGGAGCUGUUAGAGCCCACAGUCAACUUGGCCAUUGCCUCCCCCUUCUGCAGUGCUACAGGUAGAGAUGGCCACUAGUACUGGGGGAGGAAGAAGGAACCACCAUGUUCUGCAUCCUUCAGGCCCAUCAGCAAGGGGCCUGGUAGCUUAGACCUUUGUGAGACACCUUACCUCACCUAUGUCCCAUACCGAACAAUAAAUGAAAGGGAAACAUAAAAA